AUGCUUCGUUUCGCUGUACUGUUAUUUCUGGUGGGUGCUGCCCUCUGCGGCCCUUCUCCGCUAAGGACUAAGGACGAAGUCGAAGAAUACAGGAAGUUCUUGCAGAGCACUAGGCAUGGUGAGGCUUUCAAGACUACCUCCAGCGCUCUAAACCCCUUCGGCAACAUCUGGGAGCAGAGUGGAAAAUUUGAAGGCGACAUCAUCCUGGACGACUGGCAGAUUGAUGAGCUGGUAAAAUCCUACGCGGAUGGCAGAGCUGCCUACAUCUUCCCCAACACAAAGUGGCCCUAUAACACCGUUGUCUAUGACUACGCCCCUGGACAUUUCAAUCAACAACAGAUAGAUUACAUCGAAUGGUCGAUCGGACACAUCGUUCACUACUCGGGCUGUGUCAGAUUCCGUAGGAGAAACGCCAAUGACAGAAACUACGUCCUUAUUACGGCUCAAAAUAACGGUUGCUACGCCAGCGUGGGUUGGUGGCAUGACAGAGGCAUCCACACCUUGAACCUCCAGCAACCCGGUUGCCAGAACAUCAUCAUCAUCAUCCACGAGUUCUUGCACGUGCUUGGUUUCUUCCACAUGCAGUCCACUUACAAUAGAUACGACUAUGUUAGAAUCCACUGGGAAAAUAUACAGCGUGGUAUGGAACACAACUUCGAGAGGUACGAAAAUAACAUGGUUAGCAACCUGGGCAUUCGCUACGAGCACAUGAGCUGCAUGCACUACAGCUCUCAUGCUUUCAGUACCAAUGGUCGUGCUACCAUCUCAGCUACCAGGGCCCACGAAGGUGUCAUGGGUCAGAUGAACUUCGUCACCCAUUGGGAUUGGGUGAGGCUAUCUCGUCACUACAACUGUCCAGGUGCCUGGACUGCUGAAUACGUUGAGAAAAUGGAAGAGGAAGUGGAGAAGACCAAGCACUUGUAUCUGCCAGCUGAAGCAGCACAGGAAACCGAAGAAAAUGGACAAGAAUAA